AUGUUCCUUUUCCUGCUGCAGCGUGGUGCUAGUGGCUGUGGAAUUGUGGACCCAAGUCUGAUGAACACCAGGGCUCUGACAGGGGUGGGGCCUGAGGUGCAGGAUUCUCUGCCCAAGCUUAAAGACCUGACAUUUCUCAAGAAGCAGCUGGAGUACCUACAGCAGCCUGUGGAGGAUGAAGUCAACAGUGGUGUAGGCCAGGAUGGCUCACUCUUGUCUUCCCCAUUCCUCAAGGGAUCCCUGGCAGGCUAUGUGGUGGCCAGAUUGAGGGCAUCAGCAGUAUUGGGCUCUGCGGUGGGCACUUGCACUGGCAUCUAUACAGCUCAGACAUACGCUGUACCCAACGUGGAGAAGACGCUGAAGAACUACAUUAGGUCACUACGAAAGGAGCCUGACUAGACCCUCUGGGGAAGGCAGGAUGAGCACGUUGGGCCUUCAGGUAGAGGCCUUUGUAUCACAGACUCUCUCUCUGGCUCCCCCUGCUGUUGUUCAUUUGCUGUCUCCACCUCUCCUGCCUCUUUCAUCCUUGCUUUUCUUCCUGCAGAGC